AUCUGCUCUAUCACCCUCUCAGAUAUGUGUUAUUUAAUUUAUUACACUGAAUGUUCUGUUAUUACUGUCGAUUAAAUUUCAAAUUCAAAGUAAUAAACUAUGACGUCUUGUACAUAACAACCAUCCGUAUUAAAUAAAGCGCACACUUGAUCAAGCGUCUCCGUGAAGGGUAAUAGAGUAUUUACCAUAGAAUAGAGUAAAUUAACACCCUCGUAUAAGCCAAUCAAAAUAUUGCAUUUUUACGCGAAGUAUAAUAAAUAUCUUUGAUAUUUGUGAAAGUCUAAACGAUUUUACACAGCUUAUCAUCAUCUUAUAAAACUUGUCAUUAAACUAAGAGACUUUGGGAAUAUUCCCCACAAUGUAUUUCCAUAUUACAGAAAAGAACUAAUUGCUUAUGGUGAAGCUAAACAUGUACAUCUUUAAAAAAUCUGAAAGUAUAUAUAAACCAUGUAUGCCAUGUCAACACUGUAAAGACUGCUACUAAAUUAUUCAACUAUAUUGUUCUUGAAUGUUAAUACUGAGUAUGACAGAAAUUACAUAGAAAAUAAAAGGAUAUGGAUUAAAUGUACAUGGGACAAAAUCGCACACAAUACAUAGAAAUUAUAGAAAAUUUUCAAUGAACAGGGCUUUUAUUCAUGCAGGUAUGAUGCUAUACUACAAGUAAUCUAUUUCUUUAUAGAAGUUUCGCCACUAUAAAGAAUAUGUUUGAAUUAAUCAAACAGUGUUUCUAUAUUUCAGUGCCUGUAAUUAAAUAUGCCAAAUUUAUAUAUUCACACAAACCUAAAAAAUGAUGAUAUCCCUUUGGAUUUUGAAGAAAAGUUAAUAAAGAAGGUCGCUUCAGUUAUGGAUGUUCCUACCGAGGUAGUUUAUAUAAAAUUGACGUGUGGAGAUAGGAUGUACCAUAACGGCAGUCGUGGUCCUAUGAUGUUUUUAGAUAUGAAUACAGUUGGUAAAUUUAACGAAACCAAUAACCCUGAAUACACGAAACAGUUUAUGGAUUUUCUAACAGAGAACACAAAUAUUCCGAAGAAUAGAAUUGUCAUUCAUUACCAUGAUGCUAGUGGACAUGACUAUGGUUUCUGGAGACGAGCACCUGACUACAAAAACUCAAAAUAUUAUUCCCCAUGAGGAAUUGUGCAAUAAUACUUUCAAAUCAGUUCAUCUAAGGCACUAUUUGAAGUUCUCAUGACAAACCAUAACAUGAAAUAAUUAUUUCAGUCAGUUCAUAUAGAUUUGAAUUCAACUGCAACAUAAGUUGUUAUAGGAAAAAAUAAAGAAAUAUAGAUAUUCA